UUUCUUUUCGAAAAGGGGUUUUGUUUUAUUGAAAAUUGAAUAUGGAAAAUUUAUGUAAUGGAGCGCAGAGAGAAUCAAAAAACUCCACAGGGCCAAAUAGCUAGGGUUUUGGUUGAAUUUUUGGAAGUUGCUAUUACUUCUGUUGUUUUUCUCAAAGGGGUUUAUCCUUCAGGUGCUUUUGAGAGGAGAAGGUAUAUGAAUGUGGUGGUUCAAAGGGCUUGUCAUCCUCAGCUCAGAUAUUACAUUCAUGCCACUGUUUCAGGACUUCUUCCCUUUAUACAAAAGGGCCAGGUUGAAAGAGUAGCUGUUAUUUUCUUCAAUGCUGAUAAUAUUCCGCUCGAGAAAUUUAUUUUCAAGCUUGCAAUGAAUCUCUCUUACGGUUCAUCUGUGGAAGAAGUUGAUCUUCAGUUCUCUCUCAGGUCAUUCAUGAGCAAGUUGUCAAUUUCAGAAUCUCUUACUAAGAAGCUUCCUCCAGAUUGCAGGUGGGAGAUAACUGCUUACUUUCGGUCCAUUCCCGAAGCAGGCACAAGCAAGGAAGCAGACUUGUGGAUUUCAACCGACACAAAGCAGUGGCAACAACCUCCACUUAUCACCCCUAUCAAAUCAAUGAGUAGUGAACCUCUAUGUUUGCAAUUGUACUUGGAGCAUCCAUGUUUAUCAGAAUCAUUGCUUUGAGAAGGGAACUUAAGUAUGUGUUGUGGAUGCAAUGCGUACCAUAAGCUCGUGGAUCACUUGAACUUGUUUCAGGAGACAAAUUGCUAUCUGAAUUCAAGUUUUAAUUAUAAAGGUCCUGGAUGGGAUGAUCUUAAGUUCAGGUUCAUGGACGUUGAUAGCGACAGCGAUGAUGAUAUAUUCCCAGUUACAUGAGUGAAUUACCAGCUUAUGGAGUAUAUAUUUUCUGCCUCUGAUCUUAAGAAAUUUUAGAUCAGUUGUAAUGUAUAUUGUUUAUGUUUUCAUGCUUAAUAGUAACAUUUGUUAGAGGAUUGCUUUGUAUAGUAUAUGUGUAUGUAUAGCUUCGCAACCGAAUUGUACGAUCAUGAAUUUAAUCAUGUACAAUACUUUGCAUAACUA